UUUUCAUAUAUUCCGAUUUUUCUUUAUUAUUUUAUGAGCUUACAACAUACAACGACAGUCUGCCCACAAAGAUCAAUGGCAUGGAUGACAUUAAAUGAAAAUGAACAAAUUAUUAGCGUAACACCAGACAUGAUACAGUUGUUAGAGUAUGACCCUACAAAUCAAUAUUUGGACAGUGUUUGGAAAGCUAUUGAAUCUGAUCAAAGUUAUCUGGUUGUUUCGACCUUCCAAUCAUUACGUACUUUAUGCAUUUGUACGCAUAUCCAAAAUAAUAAGCGGGUCUUGAUUUGUACAGACAUCACCGAUCUGAAUCAAAUGUAUUCUAAGCGACAAGACGCCAACAUUUCAAUUACUCGGCUUACCAUGUAUGGUACCAUAGAAGCCGCAUUCAAAAGCCCUUCUUUACCCUUAUUAGCUGUCGGUCAACCUAUCAUGCGUUAUAUUCAUUCAGAUGAUGUCCAGCUAUUUUGUUCGGCACUCAGUCAAUCAGGCAAAAAUAACACAAUCAAUACACUUCAAUUACGUAUUCUUCGUCAUGAAGACUAUCAAUGGUCUGAUUUUACUGUCAUGACUAUUGAGGGAGGACGAAAAGUACUGUGCAUCAUUAAACCAACCCAUGACUUGAUUAGAAAAGAAGAGCAAUGUUAUGAUAAUCUGCUGCGAGAAACUGUGACACAAAUCCAAUCCAAGUUCUGGUAUGCCAUUGAAAAUGGAAUGAAUCUGAUCGCUCAUAGUCUUGCCACCAGUCUACUUCUUGUCAUUCAAACUGUAUGGCAACUAUGGUAUAAUCAAGACAAGACUUGGUCAGGCCUAUUCUCUACUUCUUCAGAAUAUCUCGUCAGGAGACUAGUCAAAUCAACCAAACAACGGCGAGAAAUUGAAACAUUGUGUCGAUUGAUAAGCUGGGCUGGCAUUCAGCAAUCCACCACUAGGUCAUUUAUUGAUAACACUUUGGAUGAAACAUCAGACUGGUUAUUAUCAAAAACCCAACUUGCAGGCCAUGGUUACGACACUGUAGUUUAAAUUAUACCCCUCACCCUUUAUACAUAACUUUCACUUCUACAACCCCCUUAAUUUUUUUUUUUUUU